ACAUUGCAUAGACAUCGAUUUUGUAUCGUGAGAACGUCGAUAGAUGUGAAAUGUCCGAGGUUGUGACAGCUAAUGAAUGUUUUUAUUAGAAAUUAGCUAAAUGGUUUGUAGGCAGGUAGCUUAUGUUGGUUAGGUAACCUUCUGUAGAAUACGGUUCUUCGUGGAAAUUAAUUUGUAUUUAGUGCACUACUAUUAUCAAAGAUUGACUCUGUGUGGGGUUGGGCCCCUCCUCCCCUGCGCCUGUACUUGGCCCAGCACCCUCGCAGAAGGAUGGGGGAAAUGGUUAUAGGGGAGCGGCCCCCUUCACCUGCUCGUCUUUCACACACUUCAGAAAAACAUCCUCGUGGAACAUUAACUGAACUGAACGUAUUACGACGUCACCGUGAACUGUGCGAUGUUGUGCUGAAUGUUGGCUCCAGGAAAAUAUUUGCUCACAGAGUUAUUCUUUCAGCAUGUAGCCCAUACUUCCGAGCUAUGUUUACUGGGGAGUUGGCAGAAUCUCGACAAACAGAAGUUACAAUUCGUGACAUUGAUGAAGUGGCAAUGGAGCUCUUAAUUGAUUUCUGUUACACUUCACACAUCGUAGUUGAGGAGGGGAAUGUGCAAACUCUUUUACCAGCGGCAUGUCUUCUGCAGCUGGCUGAAAUCCAGGACAUAUGUUGUGAAUUCUUGAAAAGACAACUAGAUCCUUCAAACUGCUUGGGGAUCCGGGCUUUUGCUGACACGCAUUCAUGCCGAGAGCUCCUCCGAAUUGCAGACAAAUUCACACAACACAACUUCCAGGAAGUGAUGGAAAGUGAAGAGUUUUUACUCUUACCUGUGGGUCAGUUGGUAGAUAUUAUCUCCAGCGAUGAACUGAAUGUGCGUUCUGAAGAGCAAGUGUUUAGUGCUGUUAUGUCAUGGGUGAAGUACAACGUGUCAGAACGACGGCAACAUUUAGCACAGGUAUUGCAACAUGUACGCCUUCCAUUAUUGAGUCCUAAGUUCCUGGUAGGGACAGUUGGUUCUGAUCUGUUGGUGAGGAGUGAUGAAGCAUGCCGUGAUUUAGUGGAUGAGGCUAAGAACUAUCUCUUGUUACCACAAGAACGACCAUUAAUGCAAGGUCCACGUACGCGUCCUCGGAAGCCUACCCGUCGAGGGGAGGUGUUGUUUGCUGUUGGAGGUUGGUGUAGUGGUGAUGCCAUUGCUUCAGUGGAACGGUUUGAUCCUCAGUCAGCUGACUGGAAGAUGGUGGCCCCCAUGAGCAAACGAAGAUGUGGGGUUGGAGUAGCUGUCUUGAAUGACUUGCUGUAUGCUGUUGGUGGACAUGAUGGUCAGUCCUACCUAAACAGCAUUGAGAGGUAUGAUCCACAAACAAACCAGUGGUCCUGUGAUGUUGCACCAACAACUUCUUGCAGAACUAGUGUUGGAGUGGCGGUUCUGGAUGGUUUUCUCUAUGCUGUUGGUGGCCAGGAUGGAGUCCAGUGCCUUAACCAUGUUGAGAGGUAUGAUCCUAAGGAAAACAAAUGGGGAAAAGUUGCACCAAUGACAACUCGACGUCUUGGUGUAGCUGUAGCGGUGCUUGGUGGAUUCUUGUAUGCUAUAGGUGGCUCAGACGGGCAGUGCCCUUUAAAUACAGUGGAACGGUAUGAUCCUCGUCAAAAUAAGUGGUCCCCAGUGUCACCAAUGUCAACAAGACGCAAACAUUUAGGUUGUGCAGUAUUUAACAGCUGCAUUUAUGCUGUGGGUGGCAGAGAUGACUGCAUGGAACUCUCCAGUGCCGAGCGUUACAAUCCUCAUUCUAAUACUUGGAAUCCUAUUGUGGCUAUGACUUCACGUAGAAGUGGGGUUGGACUUGCUGUUGUGAAUGGACAGCUAUAUGCUGUCGGCGGCUUCGAUGGGACAGCAUACUUGAAAACAAUUGAAGUAUAUGACACUGAUCAGAACCAAUGGCGCCUAUGUGGAGCCAUGAACUACCGUCGCCUGGGGGGAGGGGUGGGGGUCAUGCGUGCCCCACAGACUGAAAACUAUUUCUGUAAAAAGAAGAUAACAGUAUGAAGCUUUUGUUUUCACGCAUUGCCGUAUACAUGCUGCGAUAUGUUCGUUUCAUGUGCCAUCAGGAGUUGAGACAAAUCUCAUUGGAUUGCAAGGGCCUGAGUGUACCCACCAGAACAGUGAGUUGUGCAUCGAGCUUCGUAGUACAGACUUGAGGGUGGAAAAUCACUUGCUAUUUUGUUUUAAAUUUAAGUUGGGUUAGUGAAGGUGACCUUCAUAUAAAGCAUUUAAAAAUAAUUAUUUUUGCUUCUUGUCUUUCAUUUUAGUAGUAAAAUAUCUUUUUUUGAAUGUUACUGUCUUCUUUACCCAACAAGAUAUAACUGUGUACUUCCAGUGUCAAUUGUGUGGGUAGCAAGAGAGGUUAUCAUGUUGUACAAUGAAGUGCAGUAUUAUUUAAUUUAAUGUAUAAUGACUUCAUGUAUCUGUUAUUGUGAAUGUAUGGCAAUAAGAUGUGUUUUAAAUUUUGUGAAUAUUGUUACAAAAUAUAAUUUUGUCAUUAAAUAUGAACUUCCAGAUCAUGAUCUAAUUGUAAUAUAAGAUCUGCUUUGCCUGUGACGUGGAAUAUAAAGUGAUGACAUGAUAAAUUAUAA